AUGGGCUGCACAGAAAAGGUGUGUACAUUACGCAUAUUGUGGUUGUGUUAUUUUAGAAAAAAAAGAAAGAUAUAUUUCACCUCUAUGGAUGCAGGUACCUAAAACAAAAGACCUCGUCCAUAAUUCAUAAAGAAUUCACAAGAGAAAUUUAAGUUACAGUGAGUGUCAAAAACUGAUAAAACCUGGCUGACUUUCUACUUUCAAUCCGCCGCCAAACACUCUUCCUUUCCACCUCUAAGCCUCCCCCCUCCUCCACUGCCGACACUGGAAAAGACCUGUUGCCAAUCGUCUUGGGAAAUAUAAAAACCCGAGGACCAGCAAAAAAAUGGAUAGAUCUAGAAACAGAUUUUUGAGCCGCUCAGACUAUGGAAAAGCUAUCCGGUAUAAUGUGAACACCAAUCUGAUGUGCCGUGACUCUCUUGCCUCAGUGACUCACAGUUAGCGUUUUGUCAAAUCUAAAUCACUUGGCGCCUCGUGUUUUAAACUUAUAUUAGAACAUUGUUUAACUAAUACUGGUGUAAGGUUUUCUGUUCGCUCAAUCCUUGUAUAACUAACCCCUAAAUUACAAAGCUGGGUUGGAGUGGCUACCUACUGUAUAUGAGGGCUCUGAAUAGACAAAUGACUUUGAAAACUUGACCUUUUACGAGGUAUCUAUCAGCGCAAAGUGUUGCAUAAUACUCCAUGGUUACUCGAUAAAACUUCAAGCAUCUAGGUGCUUGUUAGGAAAGCAUGACGGUCUAAUAAUGACUCACCAUGUAUGAUAACGUGGCCCUUUGUCAGUAUAGAAGUGUCCAGAGUAAAAACAAAUCCAGGGGGAUGCAGAGGGCGCUAACUUUAAAUUUCCCUUUAGUAAACAGGAGGAGCACAAUUUCGGGCGUGGGUUGGGGCUACCAUUUGGUAGGACUUUCGGUACGAAAAGAAUAUUCUUACCAAAGCAACAAGGGUGAUCGUCNACUUGACCUUUUACGAGGUAUCUAUCAGCGCAAAGUGUUGCAUAAUACUCCAUGGUUACUCGAUAAAACUUCAAGCAUCUAGGUGCUUGUUAGGAAAGCAUGACGGUCUAAUAAUGACUCACCAUGUAUGAUAACGUGGCCCUUUGUCAGUAUAGAAGUGUCCAGAGUAAAAACAAAUCCAGGGGGAUGCAGAGGGCGCUAACUUUAAAUUUCCCUUUAGUAAACAGGAGGAGCACAAUUUCGGGCGUGGGUUGGGGCUACCAUUUGGUAGGACUUUCGGUACGAAAAGAAUAUUCUUACCAAAGCAACAAGGGUGAUCGUCUUUUAACAUGAAAUCUCUUACAGCCAUUAUUGUAAGCCGUGCAGCGCAACGCAACUUAAUAAAUAAAAAAUUGUAAACUGCGAUAUGCGCAAUAUCAUGUUAACUGCGCAAUACAGUAUCUCAGUAUCUUAUCCUGUAUAACUCGAGCAGACCUUGCUCACGUGCGAGACAACGAUAAGAAUUUCACAAGCAUAAGUUUUUUUUAUUUCUGCGAUAAACAUGUAACUUAUUUCUAAUUUAUGUUUAUUUCUGCCAAAGAAACAGCACCUCCACACUCAAAAUAUGACACAGGUUAAUCGAAGUUGAAUGAGCGAGAAGCUACCCACGGGCUUAGCGCAGAGUUUGUGUUCCGUUUUUUCGAGUGUUAAGGGACUGAGGCCUGUCUCUCGAAACUCCCGGUAGCUUUUCAAAUCAAACCGAUCUUAGGAAUGAACGCGCGGGUCCUAGCCAGCAAAUGUUAACCACAACUGUUUUCCGGGCGCGGUAGUUAUCGGGAAACGGGCUCCUGGUUUGAAAGGGCUCUUCUACUCAAGUUAUGAACUUCCUGCUUUCGUGAGUAACCACUAUUGCUGACUCAAAAGAUGGUCAAUAACGGGAUUUCAUCCUUAAAACAACAUAAAAGGAGAGCAAACUUAACAAAUUCCUCUGUAGUAACUAACAAAGAUCCUUCAUUUUUUGUGACCAUCUUCUUUAUUCUGAUGAUCUAAGUGCUUAGUAAAGCAUUAAGCAUUAUCAGUUAAGCAUUAUUAUAGGAACAACCUAGAUUCUGGCCAUGGGUCUCAAUUAAAGCGUUAAGUUAUUAAUUCAUUCUUAUUCGUUUAUAAUCAGAUUCAGCGAAACAAAGUUGAAGCUCAUCUGCAGUCUACAGCGAGAAUUCAUCUGGCCUUAACGUGUUCAACGUUUAAGGAAACGAUGGAGAAGCUUGAUGUACUCCAGAAGCAAGUGGGAGAAUUCAAAGAAACACUUGAAGCCACUAAUUCGUUUGUCACUGCCAAGGUAGAUGUCCUCGCGUCAAAGGUGGAUGCGCAAAGUGGCGAACUGGCAUCUUCUAAUUCUGCUCUUAGGGCUCAAAUUGAUGCUGAUAAGAGAGAAUGGAAAGCUGUCAAUGUCGCUUUGAUUUUUAAGGUGCAUUCACAAGCAAAAGAGGUCGCGAGAUUAACCAAUGCGUCUCCAUUUGUGUGGAAGAUAACUGGUUUUAGCGACGUCUUAAAGUUGGCUAAGAAUGGACGCACCAAAAGUAUAUUCACUGAAUUCUACACCGGAAAACAAGGCUACAAGUUAAAUUUACGCGUCGAUCCAGAUGGAGAUCAAACAAAAAGGAACAGAUAUCUAUCAUUAUAUGUUGGCAUUAUGAAAGGCGAUUACGAUGCCAUUCUUCCCUGGCCCUUUUGUGAGCAAGUUACUUUCAGUGUAAUCGACCAACAACCUGAUGCUGCACAGAGGAAAAAUGUUGUUGUCGUCGUGGGGCCCAAUGAAACACCUGGUUUUUGUUGUCGGCCUUCCGUGGAACAAAACCCGAAGCUUUCUGAGUUUCGCCGGUUGAUAUCUCAUAAGCUGCUAAAAACCCGGCGCUAUGUUAAACACAACACGUUGUUACUUCAGGUUGAAGUAGGACGCCAUGAUUCUGAGAGUCGUGAUUCAAACUCAGAUUCUGUGUAA